AUGACUGUCACGACUUUAGGAUAUACGAUGGUAAUUUGUGGAAACGCUGAUGACCUACAACAUAGAGUGAAGUUUGGAGUGCCAAUUCAGGAGGCGUUCGCACAUGAUAUACCCGCCACGUUGUUAGUGUUAUUACUGAAAGUUAAUAAAGAUGGACCAUCAAAGAAAGACAUUUGGCGAGCGCCAGGCAAUCAAGCUCAAGUGCGGAAAUUAUCGCAUAUCAUGCAACAUGGACGUCUUGUAAAUAUUGCCAAUUUUAGCGUCUAUACAGCUGCAUCUGUUAUCAAGAAAUUUCUCUCAAAAUUACCCGGUGGAAUAUUUGGCUUAGCUAAUGAGCAAACGCUUUUCAAUUUGUUCAGCCAUGGCGGCGUUGAAACACAACGUCGGGUUUUUUGCAGUGUUGUUGAAAGCUUAUCGGUGCCCUCUCAACAUUUGUUAGUGCUAUUAUUUGGUACAUUCUAUAUGAUCUCAGAGUCGUCUGAUAUCUUCGGUACGAAGAUGACACCGGAAGCUAUUGGCAUAUCAGUUGCACCAUCAUUAUUUCAUACGUGUAUUCAUGACGGACAAAGGGCGAAAAUGGAGGAUGUGAUGCGAUUUAAAAUUGCCUCAGAAGUGAUCUCGAAAAUUAUUCAAAAUUUUGGUUAUUCGAAUCUUUUUCCACGUGACUGUUACGAAUUUUAUGCACGUAUUACGGGUCGUACAUUGCGUGUUGACGAGAAUGACUCGAGGUUCCGAUUCACACCGCCGACAAGUUAG